ACUGAAUGCUGACCAACGAAAUACUUUUUUAUUGUUGUAAUUUACUGUAAAGUAUAUGAAACAGUAUAAAUGAUAACCUCUAGAACGCACAGAAUAACUUAUUUUUUAGUUACCAAUAAUGUUUUUAGUAAAACCUGAGAACUUGUAACAAUUAUUGUAUGUUCUCUGAUAAAACUAAAUUUGUUGUAAACAUUGUGUUAUUAGCGCCAUCCGACGGCGCGUAGUAAAGAUAAUUUUUGUUUAACAGUUUGAAGGCUUUGUAGGUAGUCAAAGCGAUAAAGAGCGUACGUUCUCUACUUAAUCUCGUCAUGGUCAAAAUCAGCUGUUAAAUGUAGUCGUCCCCGCUGAUUGUUAUUUAAUUCGUACGCAUAUAUUUUAGAAAAUUUUGCACGCAGAAUAACGCACAUAAAUUAAUAAAUAGUUCAUGGCAAAAUGCUACGACAAUGUGUGCCUAAAUCACCAGUAAGAGUGCACACUAGCGCUCGCGGUAUUCUUAGGGGUGCUGCAACGAAUGCACCUGCCACAGCAGCAAAGGAAAAACUCGAAGAAAUACGUGGACGUCUGGAGAAGGGACCGAAUUUUCAAGAUUUCGUGCAAAAUCCGGAGUAUACGCGCGAGGAAUGGACUGCCUACGAGGGAAAAUUGCGUCGAGAGAAAGGUGAAAAUGAAAGAUUACGUCUACCACCUUGGUUGAAAACUACCAUCCCCAUGGGUAAAAAUUUUGCCAAGAUCAAGACACAGUUGCGUGAGUUGAAGCUUGCCACAGUGUGUGAAGAAGCGCGGUGUCCGAAUAUCGGCGAAUGUUGGGGUGGUGGAGAGCAUGGCACACAGACAGCAACUAUUAUGCUGAUGGGUGACACAUGUACGCGUGGUUGUCGUUUCUGCUCUGUUAAAACUGCCCGUAAGCCACCACCAUUGGAUUCCGCUGAGCCAGUAAAUACAGCUAAAGCAAUUGCCUCCUGGGGCUUAGAUUACAUUGUGCUCACAUCAGUUGAUCGAGACGAUUUAACCGAUGGUGGCUCAAAUCACAUCGCGGAAACUGUGCGCGAAAUCAAAGCACGCAAUCCAAACAUUUUCGUCGAAUGCUUGGUGCCCGAUUUUCGUGGAGAUUUGAAAUGCGUAGCGACCAUAGCUAACAGCGGACUAGAUGUAUAUGCGCACAAUAUCGAAACUGUCGAGAAGUUAACACCGUUUGUACGUGAUCGUCGCGCACAUUAUCGCCAAACAUUGGCAGUGCUACAGCAAGCGAAACGGUUUAACCCGAAACUCAUUACAAAGAGCUCUAUCAUGCUCGGUCUGGGUGAAACAGAUGCCGAAAUCGAACAAACUAUGCGGGAUCUGCGUGAAGCCGGUGUGGAAUGUCUCACCCUGGGGCAAUACAUGCAACCCACAAAUAGGCAUUUAAAAGUUAUCGAAUAUGUAACGCCUGAAAAAUUUAAACACUGGGAGCAACGCGGCAAUGAAUUGGGCUUCUUGUAUACCGCCAGUGGACCGCUGGUACGCAGCUCAUACAAAGCAGGCGAAUUUUUCAUAACAAGCAUACUAAAGAAUCGUCAAGAGCAAACGCAGCAAGCAGCUGAAGCACAAACCACGCAGCAGAAGUAAUUAGUUAUGCUUAAAGUGGUUGGAAAUAGCUAUAAAAUCGGCCAAAAAUAAAAUAGAUGCAAUUGUUGCAAGCAAGCUGAUUAUGGUGGAGUCGUUAGCAUCAACCAAUUGCCUAUUCAUUAGCUUUUUGAAGUUGUGAUUCAUAUUUUGUGUGUGAAAAUGUUAUUAUAAACAAUUAUUUUUAGCCUGCCCGAUAUUCUGUUGUUUAUAUCACUUAAACAAUGCGCGUACACAAGUGAUAUGUAGUAAAAUAUACGCUUGUUGAGAAACAAAUUUAA